AGAAAGAGCCAUGCCGCUUGGAAAAAGAGAAGCAGAGCUUGCAUUGGCUAUACUGUGGCGUCUGAGAACAGAGCUAAGCCAGGGAGAGGAGACAGAAGACCUUCUUCCUCGAGAAGACCAAGACGCAGCCCUCUCCAAACCAAUCUCCAUGCUCCACUGCUAUCUGACCGACAUACUCCCUGCAAUUAGACCCAGAGGCAGAGGAAAUGAUGAAGAAGCAAUUCCUGACUCUAGCCUUCGUGUAGAAGUCAGCCCUGAUGCAAAGAUACAGCUAGUUGAGAUCAAUUGCAAUACUACAAAAGAUCCUGGCCUCUCCUUACUCAGUUAUGCUACUCCUGGAGGAGAGCAGCAUUACUGUGUCAGUCAUGUUGUGGUUGGGACUAUUUUUGGUAGAGCUGGUAUCUUCAAGAGAGGCGACAUCAUUUUGAGCGUCAACAAUCACAAGCUCUCUCGUGUGUCUCCAGAGAAAGCAAAGUGGUUACUAAGAAGUGCUGCAAGAUCAAAGAAGAUAUCUCUCAAUGUCAUCACCUGUGAUGGACGCCCCAUCCCAUUCCCCUACAUGAAAGAACAGCUCCCUCAACCUGUUCCCAAGGAGCUCACCGUACCAGUUUACUCCCACGUACAUGCAGUUGUACACUCACACAUGCUGACUGAGCUAGACGAGGGACGUGGUGAGGGUGCAAAGGCUGGGACUACGGUUACCCGUCGUCCCAGUUUAACUCCAUCCAUUGGCUCCAAAAACUCUGACCACGAGGUACUCAUGAACUCUGUUGAAGUUGCAGCUUAUUUCAGUCGGAGUAGCCUACGAUACUCCAAAAGAAGACUCAGAGGAUUGAAUAAGAAGCUAAAGAAGGUCAGUAUACAGAAGACUCAUGGUAGUCUUGGUUUGAGACUGCUAGGUGGUAAAGGAUCUAAGUAUGGCGAUGUAGGGAUAUUUGUUUGUGGAGUUGAGCCUAAUGGAUCAGCAGAAAAUUGUGGUAAUAUUAAAAAAGGAGAUGAGUUGAUCAUGAUAAAUGGACAAAGCAUCAUUGGACUAUCAUUGAAAGAUGUUGUCCAGAGACUGGGCAACUCUCCAUCGCCUGUCCACAUGGUCAUUGCUACUACAUUAAAUGAUAUGGCAGCCACUUCAACUAUAUCCCUUGACUAUGGAGCAUCCGAGACAGACAUCAUAAACUGGCUCAACAAACGCGAGUACCUUGAAGAACCUCCAACAUCAUUCACUGCCUCCCCUCGUCGCAAGCAGAGAAAACAUGUCCCCACUACUCUAACGCAAAAACAGGCUCACCCUCUCCAAACAAUGCGUGGGCGGUACAUGUCCGAGCAGGGCCCAACAGGCGAGGGUAGAAGAGAAGAAAUGAUAGAACUUGCAAGUUUUAGUCCUCCAGCAGACCCAAAUGAAGGGAGCUCACAUAUUGUAACUGUGUUAGCAGAGCAGCCCAUAACGCAGUGGGGAAGACUAUCUGGAAAGUCUAAAUCCACAGCUACAGUUGAAGGGCCUCGACAAGGAAAGGAAGUAUCUAUUGUCCUGAUAAAAUCUGGUUCCAAAUCUCUUGGGUUCUCUCUAUGUGGUGGUAAAGACAGCAAGAGAGGUGAUAUUGGUUUGUAUGUCCGAGCAAUACAGGAGGGAGGGGCGGCUUAUAAAGAUGGUCGUAUGAAACCUGGAGAUGAACUGAUUGCUGUCAAUGGAGUGAGUAUGAAGGACUACACUCACAAGAGGGCAGCUCAACACAUCAAAAGCAUAAAGUCAGAGCUGGUUACGUUUUAUAUCAGAACUGGCCCUGGGUAUCUGGACAUUCCUAAUAAAGUGCAGCGAUCUCUCUCAGUUAGAGGAACUAAAUUUGAAGUGACACUAAUGAAAAAACCAGAUGAAGGAAUUGGUUUAGAGUUAGCAGGUCUGACUGAUAACAAUGAUGAUUAUGGUAUUUUCAUUAAUCACAUUCAGCCACACUCUGCUGCUGACCAGUGCAAAGCUUUGCAUCGAGCUGAUCAAUUGAUUGCUAUCAAUGGUCAGAGUCUCCUUGAUAAUACACUGGAAGAGGUCGAGGCAAUGUUACUGUCACUGCCUCCAGGAGAAGUUCUCCUUGAAGUCAUUAGGCCAGACAGCACUGAGCCAUUGAAUAAGCUACUGGCAUCAAUUGUUAAUGAUAGCAAUGUCCCCUCUUACAGCCCAGGGAGUGGAAGCUUUAGAAUGAAGCAGAAGCUACAGAAGCCUCUCUAUUCAAAGGCUACUACUGCUGAUGGUGAUGAGUAUGAUGAUGAUGAUGAUGAUAUUGAGUAUCCAACUGGCAUUAAGAGAGAGUCACGUCCUUCAGCACUGGACGAGGAUAUACUUGAACUCUUUAAACAUCGUGAGGUAGAGCCAGCUCUGCCCAAAACCACUCCACCUGAGGUUGAGUUUCCUGGUGUAGUCUCUGCUAUACAUGAGCUAACGAGAGAUGCUGAGGAUAAAGAGGAAGAUACUCUAAUAGCAUCAAUGACUCCUCUACUGACACGCCCAUCAAUUGUAUCCCAAUUAACGCCCGACACAUCUCCAAGAGGUUCUCAAACUGACUUUGAGUUGACGUCUCUUAAAAAAUACGAACGACCUCGCUCCGGCCUCCUCAUGGCGUCAAGAACAGACUCGCAUGAAGAAACAGCGUUUAAUGAAGCCCCACCUACUUUGCCAAAAACCACACCCACUUAUACUGAAGCUGAACCUAUGUUGUCUGAAACUGCUCCUUUUGUAGAGGGUGAGGUACCAUUAGGUCCGCCCCCACCUGUCCCAGAUCAAAGGGGUUCUCCCCACGUCCUCCCAUUAGGAUUCAUUGAGAUGACUCUAACUGUGAAGAAACAAGUAAAGAGGGACAUUGGCCUCACGCUUGUACGUAGUGGCGGAAUAACCAGUGGAUACCCACUGGUCAAACGGGUUUUACUUGCUGGUGUAGCUCACAAGUCUGGCAUUAAACGUGGGGACCGUCUGGUUUCUAUUGAUGACCAGUUAGUACAGGGGCUUACCCCUGAUCAGAUAAUGCCUCUGUUUUCUGAAGCCCCUAAAGAGUUUCCAGUAGUCCUGUGGCGUCAACCGGCAUCAGAUACUGAUGGAGGGGACACUCCUUCCAGUGUGUACUCUGGUAGUGUGUUGACUGAGUCAUCAGGGAGACAGAGACGAUCUGAUUCAACGUCAUCUCUUGGAUCAACAAUUAAAGGUAUGUCUGAUCUUGCUGGAACUGAUUGGGGUACAACCAGUGGAGACGAAAGAACUGACAACGAGAGAGUACCUUCACCACUUUCUUAUUUCAAUGAAGUAACUCCUUCCCUUCCAACUGAAGCCCCUCCCCUUCCGCCAACUGAAGCUCCACCUCCUCUACCAACUGAAGCUCCUCCCCUUCCAUUAACUAAAACUCCACCUCCUUCACCAACUGAAGCCCCUCCCCUUCCACCAACUGAAGCUCCACCUCCUCUACCAACUGAAGCUCCACCUCCUUUACCAACUGAAGCUCCUCCUCUUCCACCAAUUGAAGCUCCACCUCCUUUACCAACUGAAGCCCCUCCCCUUUCACCAACUGAAGCCCCUCCCCUUCCACCAACUGAAGCUCCACCUCCUCUACCAACUGAAGCUCCACCUCCUUUACCAACUGAAGUUCCACCUCCUUUACCAACUGAAGCUCCUCCCCCUCUACCAACUGAAGCUCCUCCCCUUCCACCAACUGAAGCCCCUCCAAGUAAAACUCCACCUCCUUCACCAACUGAAGCCCCUCCCCUUCCGCCAACUAAAACUCCACCUCCUUCACCAACUCAAGCCCCUCCCCUUCCACCAGCUGAAGCUCCUCCUCCUCCUAAAGGUUCUCCCAUUGUUGUAGGUUCUUUAUUAAAAGCUGACACUAAGAGACGUGGCUCUCCAUUACUGCACAGUAAACAAGCCCCGCCUACUCCAGUACCUUAUGCAUCACCAAAAAGAACAAGAUUAUUACCAUCAGAUAAACGUUCGGAGACUGGUCCCUUUAAGGUUGAGGUUACUAAGAGUGGUUUCAAAGGAAUAGGACUCAAUGUCCACAUGGACAGCACAUGUGGACAGAUUGCAGUCAAAAGUAUAUCAUCCAGGAGUGUACUGGCAAAGGACGGGAACUUGAGGUACAGUAAUUGCACUUGACUCUAAAACUGAUAAUACAUAUU